AUGAGCCCCUCCGCAGAAGGUUCCGCCGCCCCCUCUGGCGCUGUUGACAACUACCCUUCCACUCUGCCUGGCCCCAACCACAACUGGAAGAUUUCUCUGGAGGGCAAGGUCAUUGCAAUCACUGGUGCCAACCAAGGUAUCGGUCUCGGUCUCGCAGAGGUCUGCCUUGCCAACGAUGCCGCCAAGGUCUUCUCGCUCGACAUCCAACAACCCGGCGAUGACUUUGCCGCGCUGGCCAAGCAGCACCCCGGCAAGCUCGAGUACGUGCAGACGGACAUUACCAGCGAGGAGUCGGUCAAGAACGCCAUUGACGAGGUGGCCACGCGGGGCGGACGCUUCGACGGCCUGAUUGCCAAUGCCGGCGCCACCAAGCACCUGCCCGCCCUCGACUUCACCCUCGAGCAGUUUGAGCGCCUGUACAAGCUCAACGUGACGGGCAGCUGGCUGUGCGCCACCUACGCCGCCCGCAAGUUCAUUGAGCUCAAGACCAAGGGCUCCAUUGUCUUUACGGCCUCCAUGACCUCGUACCGCCCCAACCGCGCCGCCCCUUCGGCUCCCUAUGGUGGCACCAAGGCUGCCGUCCGCAACAUGACGCACACUCUGGCCAUGGAGUGGGCGCAGUACGGUAUCCGUGUCAACAGCAUCUCGCCCGGCUACGUCAAGACGGCUCUUACAUACUACGUCGAGUCUUCUCCCGACUGGGACCUCAAGAUGAAGUACUACGGUGGUAUGCCCCGUCUGGCUCUGCCGCAAGAGCUGGGUGGCGCCUACGUCUACCUGCUGUCCGAGACGGCCACUUACACGACCGGUAUCGAUAUCCCCAUUGCCGGUAUCGUCGGUGGCUGGUAA